UGAUUGGAUCGAUUAGAAUAGAUGUGAAUAAGUGAAAACUAGUUUGUGGGUGAUUUCUUUGUCUUUGAAUGAGCAAAUAUAUUUUUCAAGAUGGCGACUGUAAUUGAUGAAAAAUUUGCAGCGAAGUUUCAUCAUCAUUGAUAAAACCAAGAUGUGAUUCACAACGAUAAUAAUAUUUUAUUGAAUCAUCGACGUUAGUCGAAAGAAUAAUCUGGAAUAUAAGAAGCCCUCCAUUAUUAAUUUGAACGCUUAAGUGAUGGGUUCUUAUAACUUAUUAAGAGAUUUCAACCAUGCAGAUUUUCGUCAAAACCCUAACCGGUAAGACCAUCACCUUGGAGGUCGAACCCUCGGAUACCAUCGAGAAUGUGAAGGCCAAGAUCCAGGAUAAGGAGGGCAUCCCUCCGGAUCAGCAGCGUUUGAUCUUUGCCGGCAAGCAGCUGGAGGAUGGACGUACCCUGUCGGACUACAACAUCCAGAAGGAGAGUACCCUCCAUUUGGUUCUGCGUCUGCGUGGUGGUAUGCAGAUCUUCGUCAAGACCUUGACUGGAAAGACCAUCACUUUGGAGGUUGAGCCCUCGGAUACCAUUGAAAACGUCAAGGCCAAGAUUCAGGAUAAGGAAGGUAUCCCUCCAGAUCAGCAGCGUUUGAUCUUCGCUGGCAAGCAGCUGGAGGAUGGACGUACCCUGUCGGACUAUAACAUCCAGAAGGAGAGCACUCUUCAUCUGGUCCUUCGUCUGCGUGGAGGUAUGCAGAUUUUCGUCAAGACUCUUACUGGCAAGACCAUCACCUUGGAGGUCGAACCCUCGGAUACCAUUGAAAACGUCAAGGCCAAGAUCCAGGAUAAGGAAGGUAUCCCUCCAGACCAGCAGCGUUUGAUCUUCGCCGGUAAGCAGCUGGAAGAUGGCCGCACCCUGUCAGACUACAAUAUCCAGAAGGAGAGCACUCUUCAUCUGGUCCUGCGUCUCCGUGGAGGUAUGCAAAUCUUCGUCAAGACCCUGACUGGAAAGACCAUCACUUUGGAGGUCGAACCCUCGGAUACCAUUGAAAACGUCAAGGCCAAGAUCCAGGAUAAGGAAGGUAUCCCUCCAGACCAGCAGCGUUUGAUCUUCGCCGGUAAGCAGCUGGAAGAUGGCCGCACCCUGUCGGACUACAAUAUCCAGAAGGAGAGCACUCUUCAUCUGGUCCUGCGUCUCCGUGGAGGAAUGCAGAUUUUCGUCAAGACCCUUACUGGCAAGACUAUCACCUUGGAGGUCGAACCCUCGGAUACCAUCGAAAACGUGAAGGCUAAGAUCCAGGAUAAGGAAGGCAUCCCUCCAGAUCAGCAGCGUUUGAUCUUCGCUGGCAAGCAGUUGGAAGAUGGCCGCACCCUGUCGGACUACAACAUCCAGAAGGAGAGCACUCUUCAUCUGGUCCUUCGUCUGCGUGGAGGUAUGCAGAUCUUCGUCAAAACCCUGACUGGUAAGACCAUCACCUUGGAGGUUGAGCCCUCGGAUACUAUUGAAAACGUAAAGGCUAAGAUCCAGGAUAAGGAAGGUAUCCCUCCAGAUCAGCAGCGUUUGAUCUUCGCCGGCAAGCAGCUUGAAGAUGGCCGCACCUUGUCGGACUACAACAUUCAGAAGGAGAGCACUCUUCAUCUGGUCCUUCGUCUGCGUGGAGGUAUGCAGAUUUUCGUCAAGACUCUUACUGGCAAGACCAUCACCUUGGAGGUCGAGCCCUCUGAUACCAUUGAAAACGUGAAGACCAAGAUUCAGGAUAAGGAAGGAAUCCCUCCAGAUCAGCAGCGUUUGAUCUUCGCCGGCAAGCAGUUGGAAGAUGGUCGCACCCUGUCGGACUACAACAUCCAGAAGGAGAGCACCCUUCAUCUGGUUCUGCGUCUGCGUGGAGGAAUGCAAAUCUUCGUCAAAACCCUGACUGGUAAGACCAUCACCUUGGAGGUCGAGCCCUCGGAUACCAUCGAAAACGUGAAGGCUAAGAUUCAGGAUAAGGAAGGUAUCCCUCCAGAUCAGCAACGUUUGAUCUUCGCUGGCAAGCAGUUGGAAGAUGGUCGCACCCUAUCGGACUACAAUAUUCAGAAAGAGAGCACUCUUCAUCUGGUCCUCCGUCUGCGUGGAGGUAUGCAGAUCUUCGUUAAGACCCUGACCGGAAAGACCAUCACCUUGGAAGUCGAGCCCUCGGAUACUAUUGAAAACGUCAAGGCUAAGAUCCAGGAUAAGGAAGGUAUCCCUCCAGAUCAACAGCGUUUGAUCUUCGCUGGCAAGCAGUUGGAAGAUGGCCGCACACUCUCUGACUACAACAUCCAGAAGGAAAGCACCCUUCAUCUGGUUCUGCGUCUCCGUGGAGGUAUGCAGAUCUUCGUCAAGACCCUGACUGGAAAGACCAUCACCUUGGAAGUCGAACCAUCUGACACCAUUGAAAACGUCAAGGCUAAGAUCCAGGAUAAGGAAGGUAUCCCUCCAGAUCAGCAGCGUUUGAUCUUCGCCGGCAAGCAGCUGGAAGAUGGCCGUACGCUCUCCGACUACAACAUUCAGAAGGAGAGCACCCUUCAUCUGGUCCUGCGUCUGCGUGGAGGUAUGCAGAUCUUCGUCAAGACUCUGACUGGAAAGACUAUCACCUUGGAGGUCGAACCCUCGGAUACCAUUGAAAACGUCAAGGCUAAGAUCCAGGAUAAGGAAGGUAUCCCCCCAGAUCAGCAGCGUUUGAUUUUCGCCGGCAAGCAGUUGGAAGAUGGCCGCACCCUGUCGGACUACAAUAUCCAGAAGGAGAGCACUCUUCAUCUGGUCCUGCGUCUGCGUGGAGGUAUGCAAAUCUUCGUCAAGACCCUGACUGGAAAGACUAUCACCUUGGAGGUCGAACCCUCGGAUACCAUUGAAAACGUCAAGGCCAAGAUCCAGGAUAAGGAAGGUAUCCCUCCAGACCAGCAGCGUUUGAUCUUCGCCGGUAAGCAGCUGGAAGAUGGCCGCACCCUGUCGGACUACAAUAUCCAGAAGGAGAGCACUCUUCAUCUGGUCCUGCGUCUCCGUGGAGGUAUGCAAAUCUUCGUCAAGACCCUGACUGGAAAGACUAUUACCUUGGAGGUCGAACCCUCGGAUACUAUUGAAAACGUCAAGGCCAAGAUUCAGGACAAGGAAGGUAUCCCUCCAGAUCAGCAGCGUUUGAUCUUUGCUGGUAAGCAGCUGGAAGAUGGCCGCACCCUGUCGGACUACAAUAUCCAGAAGGAGAGCACUCUUCAUCUGGUCCUCCGUCUGCGUGGAGGUAUGCAGAUCUUCGUCAAGACCCUUACUGGCAAGACCAUUACCUUGGAGGUUGAGCCCUCGGACACCAUUGAAAACGUAAAGGCUAAGAUCCAAGAUAAGGAAGGUAUCCCUCCAGACCAACAGCGUUUGAUCUUCGCUGGUAAGCAGUUGGAAGAUGGCCGCACCCUGUCGGACUACAAUAUCCAGAAGGAGAGCACCCUUCAUCUGGUGCUGCGUCUUCGAGGAGGUAUGCAGAUCUUCGUUAAGACUCUUACUGGCAAAACCAUAACCUUGGAGGUCGAACCCUCGGAUACCAUUGAAAACGUCAAGGCCAAGAUCCAGGAUAAGGAAGGUAUCCCUCCAGAUCAGCAGCGUUUGAUCUUCGCCGGCAAGCAGUUGGAAGAUGGCCGCACCCUGUCGGACUACAACAUCCAGAAGGAGAGCACUCUUCAUCUGGUCCUGCGUCUGCGUGGAGGUAUGCAGAUCUUCGUCAAGACCCUGACUGGAAAGACCAUCACCUUGGAAGUCGAGCCCUCGGAUACCAUCGAAAAUGUGAAGGCUAAGAUUCAGGAUAAGGAAGGUAUCCCACCAGAUCAGCAACGUUUGAUCUUCGCCGGCAAGCAGCUGGAAGAUGGACGCACCCUGUCGGACUACAAUAUCCAGAAGGAGAGUACUCUUCAUCUGGUCCUUCGUCUGCGUGGAGGUAUGCAGAUCUUCGUCAAGACCCUUACUGGCAAGACCAUCACCUUGGAAGUCGAACCCUCGGAUACCAUUGAGAACGUUAAGGCCAAGAUCCAAGAUAAAGAAGGAAUCCCUCCAGAUCAGCAGCGUUUGAUCUUCGCCGGUAAGCAGCUGGAAGAUGGCCGCACCUUGUCGGACUACAAUAUCCAGAAGGAGAGUACUCUCCACCUGGUCCUUCGUCUGCGUGGAGGUAUGCAGAUCUUCGUCAAGACCUUGACCGGUAAGACCAUCACCUUGGAGGUCGAACCCUCGGAUACCAUUGAAAACGUUAAGGCCAAGAUCCAAGAUAAGGAAGGUAUCCCUCCAGAUCAGCAGCGUUUGAUCUUCGCCGGUAAGCAGCUGGAAGAUGGCCGCACCUUGUCGGACUACAAUAUCCAGAAGGAGAGUACUCUCCACCUGGUCCUUCGUCUGCGUGGAGGUAUGCAGAUCUUCGUCAAGACCUUGACCGGUAAGACCAUCACCUUGGAGGUCGAACCCUCGGAUACCAUUGAAAACGUUAAGGCCAAGAUCCAAGAUAAGGAAGGUAUCCCUCCAGAUCAGCAGCGUUUGAUCUUCGCUGGCAAGCAGUUGGAAGAUGGCCGCACCCUGUCGGACUAUAACAUCCAGAAGGAGAGCACUCUUCAUCUGGUCCUCCGUCUGCGUGGAGGUAUGCAGAUCUUCGUCAAGACCCUUACUGGUAAGACCAUCACCUUGGAAGUCGAACCCUCGGAUACCAUUGAAAACGUGAAGGCCAAGAUUCAGGAUAAGGAAGGUAUCCCUCCAGAUCAGCAGCGUUUGAUCUUCGCCGGCAAGCAGCUGGAAGAUGGCCGUACGCUCUCUGACUACAACAUUCAGAAGGAAAGCACACUGCAUUUGGUCCUGCGACUGAGAGGCGGACAGUAAAAAUGAUAUUGAUCAAUAAAUAGAAAUUCCGUUAACU